ACUCAAAGAAUCAUUUUCACUAAACCACAAAGCAAACGUUUUCCUAAAAACCUACUUGGUUAACCAAUGCAUAAAGGAACAAAGUCUGUGUAUUUCCCAAAACAAUUUAACUGAACAUACAAUCGACACGUUCGUUUUAGGUGCUUGCUAAAUAAGUCAGUUUGGAAAUUCAUCUGUGCCCUCCUGCCUGGGCAGCUGAAGUCCAGGUGCCCAAGACCGAUUGUAGUACCCAUUAUGCCAUCCCCUCCCCCAUCUUUGCCACAGGAUUUGAUGCACAUGCUCUCCCAGUGACUGGCCACCACGAUGCCCAACCUGACCCUGGCCCUCACAUUUGCUGUUCAACCCAAAUGCGGAGAUUGGCUAUUAACCCUGUAAAUAGGCCUCUGCCCCCCAGAGGCUGAUGGUUCAUGGUGGAAAGCUGAGCUGACGCAGACUGAGGGGCGGGAGCCUGUUUCUAGCAUCCCAGGGCAGCUGUGCCUGAAUCCAUGUGUGGUACUGUGCUGAGCACAGGAUGUGGAGGGUUUGGAACCUUGGGAGGCAAAAUUAUUCCUACCCACUGCUGAUAACCCCACAGAAGCUGCACUGCCCCCUUAGCUGGGCCCCCUCUCAUGGGCCUGCUUGGAGAAGAGAGAGGCCACCUCUGGGUAGGUGUGCCUCACCUGAACCUGCCUCCAACUCAAGUGACCCAGCCCUGGUGCCCAGGUGUGUGGAUGAGGUCUGUGCCACCAACCCAUUUUACAGGUGGGCAAACAGAAGCCCUCAGGGAAGGUGGUCAUAGCCUCCCCCAGACCUCUUAAUUCUUAGGCUGCCAUUUUUCCUCUGAAGAGAGUUCUGAGCUGGUUGGGACCCAGGGAGUCACCAGGCUUUCCCCCUCUCCCAGCUACAAUUUCCUUUUCAGGUCACGGUGGGCUGUGAGGGCUUUCUAGACCUAAGGGCAGGAGCGUGAGGAUGUGCAGCCUGGGAAGUAGUAAGAUGAUUCUCCAGGGCACGGGCCAGGCUGCAGCAGGAGCCCUAUGACUUCAGAUCCCUGGGAAGAUGCAGGGAGGGAGCAUCUGUCUGGUGAUCCUAGGGCCAGCACUGAACGUACACCAGGAAGGGAAAGGGGUAGGUGGCGAGCUGCUCCCUUCCCUCUUUGAGAUGUCACUGCAGUCUUGGCCUGGAGCAGGAGGUGGAGCCACCUGAUCAAUAAGUCUAGGGCUGGCUGGCUGUGGUCCCACUGCUGCCUAGAGGAGCCACCUCAAGGAGCCACGCUGUCCACAGCUCUCCCUUGGUGAGUGAGGAGGCUGCCCUCUCAAGGGCUUGGACUUCUGGAUGGAGUUCCAUCCUGGGUGCAUGGCACACUGCUCCUCUUCCCCUCCCAAGUCCCUCUGUCCCUGACUCAUGCCCAGAAAACCCCCUUCUACUCGUCCCCCAACAACACUCUGUUCCUGUGCCUGUGGCCCCUAGCAUGGGAGGAACAAGGGGUUAGAAGCACUUGUCCCUGUCACCACCACACAUCCAUUCCACAUUUCUAAGUGCCAUGGAAGAGAUGGCAAGCCACAGAGGAAAAGGGCAGGGAAGUUGCCACUCUGGUCCCCCAGCACCGGGUGCCCCAAGUGCCCCCACAUUGCUGCCUGUCUCAUGGAGAACUCCCUGUCCAAAGUCUCUGUACCCCUCUCCAACCUUCUCCCACUUCUGGAAUCCCUGAAGGAAGAAGGGGUAGGCCUGACCAACUAGGGAGGACCCUCAGCUGGCGAGGCUGGGAGUCUCUGUAUCCCAGCGGCUCUGGGAGAAAGCUAGUUGCCAGGAGCCCUCAGGGUCCAGACUCCUGUACUCCUGGGAUGAGGAGCAAUGGCAGAAGAGAGAAGGGCAUUGGGAGACACUAAAGCUGCCCCUGAAGUGCCAGUUGUCCAAGGGGACCCUCAAGGAAGAGGCAGGGCGUAUGCAUGGGAGUGUCAGACUCCUUCAGUGCUGUCCACUAUACAUGGGAGCAGUGCUGCCAUGGCUAGCUUCGGGCUAGGCCUACUACUGCUGCUGCUGCUGCUGCUGACCACCCACCCUGGAACUUUGGAGGCUCAGCACUGGUCACAUGGCUGGUACCCUGGAGGAAAGCGAGCCUCUAGUUCACCCCAGAACACCCAGCAUGCCCUUAGGCCCCCAGGAAGGAUCCUGGGCACUGCAGCAAGCAGCCCAGGCCAGAUUGCCCAUAGCUACCCAAGCGAUGCCCUGGUUCCCCAUGAGGACAGUGUGCUCUGGGAGAGCAGGACCAUGGCUCCGUGGCCCCUCCACGGGAAGCAGCACCUGGUACAGAGACUGCUGGUAAGUAGGGUGACAGGCCCCCAGCAUUGGCCACCAGUAGCCAUCAAGACUAAGAACUGGGGGUUAUGAGGGGAGGGAGGCAUGGUGAGAUACCACUGAGCUUGGUGCUCUUGCUGCCCACAGUAUGGUGCCAUCUGCUAUCUUAUUUCCCAGAAUUCUACACAAUGUGUAAUACGUUUAUGUUAAAGUAAAAUCACUAGUGGAGUAGAAGAAGAUAAUUGUACUAAAAACCUCCAUAAAUAAGACAGUGGUGGCGGUGGGAUUCCCCAGGCUUCUUAACAGUCAAGAGAAACCAGUAA